CGAGGACGCGCCGCAUCGCCGAGAAGCGCGCGCUGGAGUCCGGCUGCGGAGCGCUGGUCGAGGCGAAGCAGCUGAGAAAGAAGGACUAGUGGGGAUUGUGUCUCGAACACCAGAGCGGCCCGGCUGCCUCUGAUGGGACCAUGUGGGUUCUGGAUAAGAUUCGUGGGUCGGUGGAGACCAGCGUGCUGCGUCAGGGGGAGAAUGGAGAUAAGAAAGGCGUCGCCCCCUCUUACAGCAACGUCCUCACCCCUGACAAGAUCCCCGAUUUCUUCAUUCCCCCAAAGCUGGUCAGUUGCUCCCCAGAACCAGAUGUUCUGACUGUGAAGCCCAAAGAUGCUCUUCAGCCUUCCACCUCUGAGCAAACCAGCAGCAGUAGUAAGAAGGUCAGCAGCCCCAGAAGCCCACGGCUUGUAGCCAAGCUCACAGGAGACACCAAGAACCUGCUGAGGGCAGCCAAUCGUCACAUCAUCCAGAUUGAGAGUGCCGAUGAUGUUGUUGCCGGAGACACCAACGCAGAUCCUCAGUCCCAGACCGCGAUGUCCCUGCCUUACGUGGCCAAGACUCAAACCUCCUAUGGCUUUGCAACCUUGAAAGAAAGUCCGCACACACGGCGUAAAGAGUCCCUCUUCCACUCGGACCUCACCAGUCCCAUCACCUCCCCGAACGCCCAGAGGAAAAGCCCUGGAAAAGGCGGAGAAGUCGGCAACCAUCUGAAUCCUGGAGACUUCAACACCUCUCACAUGAAUCCAUAUCGAUACUUCAGCGGCGGGGAGAGCGACACCUGCUCCUCGGCCGAGUCCUCUCCUUUCAGCUCCCCCCUACUGUCCCGCUCUGCCUCUUUACUCAAGAUCUUCACCCACGAGACGCAGGCCAAAGUGGUGAAAGCCAAGAGGACGUUUGCGCGCCACAGUUCCCUCUCCACCGAUGAGUGCAGCUCAGCAGAGCCCAGCCCCUGCGUGCAGCGGCGGCUCCACGUCCCUUCCUGUCACGGCAGCGCCGCGUCCUCUGACCAGAGUCAGCAGCGGGAGCACACCAUCAACCUGCACAAGGGAGGGACACUACGGAUCAGCGCCAGCUAUGACGCCAGCAUGUCCCGCCUUCUCAUCCGGGUCCGAGCGGCGCAGAGUCUUUACGACAAGCAUUUCGACAUGAAGAGCAUCAACUGCUGCGUGUCCGUCUACCUGAACCCGGGAAAGCUCCAGAAGCAGCGCAGCAACAUCAUCAAGAACAGCCGCAACCCCGUUUUCAACGAGGACUUCUUCUUUGACUCCAUCAGCUCUGUCCAGGUGAAGAACCUGUCGGUCAAGUUCAAGGUGGUGAACAAAGGAACCAGUCUGAAAAGAGACGUGCUGUUGGGAGAGCGAGAGGUGGCCCUUAACAAGCUGCUGUCAGGGAUCUAAACACACCUUCACGUUAUGCAUCAGACCAAGUAGAGGAGGUGAACGAUGAGUUCCCUCAGUGGAUGCACUUCUCAAUAAUCCGAGUCAUUCACAGUAUCACCUGAUCAAUCUUUCGGGACUUGACAACAUAUCCGCCUCAGUCCUUGCCUGCACUCUGCACGACCAUGUGUAGCAUGCUGUCCAUAAUGUGAGGUGCCAAAUGUCGCCACCGCAGCAGCAGCACAUGGCGCAUGUGCCGACACAAAGAGGCUUUUGUUCACAAUCGGCAGCUCGUGUGGAUGCUGCCUCCAUCAGGUGUGUGUGUGUGGUUAGAACACUAGUGUGAGAGAAAUUGUAAAAAGCAUGUUCUAUAGAUCACACUUCAGACGUAUGCCUCCGCUGCAGCUCUGCAACGUUAAGCUAGAAAUGCAACAGUCUACAGCGACCCAUGUCUGGUCAGACUUAUUGACCAGUGUCUCAGAAAUCCAUUUACCAGUGACUCGGUAAGAUCUUCGCAAUAUUGCCUUUCUAAUAUUCCUAUGUGUGACAAAGACACAGCCGCAACUGCAGUGGCCACAGAGAUUGAGCGAGGGAAGCGCAACACAAUAGCCAAACGUCUAGGGACUUACUUCAGGAAAAACUUCUACAAAAUUAUAUUUUAAAAAAAUCCUCCAUCAAACAUCAUGAUCAUGAGCUCCACACUGCUGUGUGUCCAGCAGUGGUACAAGUGUGGAGCAGUGUAUGACAUGAUGACAUGUUCAAACUCCACUGAGUCAAACUGACCUACAGCGCCCCCUGCUUUCCUGAAGGCGAUUAUUUAGCAGGUGCAUGCUGACAUCAUGCUACGUGAUGGUUUUGUCAUAUGAAUGAAUGAAACUGUUCUUUUUGUGUUUAGAGCAAUGGGUUGCAGGGUCAUGCCUAUUGAGAGUUGGCGUGGAUGGUUGUUCUUAAAAUGGCUGCUCAAUCUUAUACUUCUAUCUGGUCUUGUAAAUACAGUGAGAAAACAUUCUUGACAGCUGAUUCAGCUGAACCUUUGUCAAACUAUGGAGAGCUCAUGUAAAUAUAUAAACUUAUAUGUAUAAACUUUUGAGGAGGAGCUGAUGCCUUCAGUCACUUCCGUAGCAAGAAUCCAUUCAUUGUUACGACACAGAUUUGGUAAGUUAAAACAACCAGGAACAAGAGUUUAGAAAGAAAAUCUCUCAGGAAAGCAGCCAUGGAUUGGCCAUGUCAAAAUUGACACGACACAAACUCUCCUUUGUGCUUCAUCUGAUAUCAGCUACGUUAUGUCAGCAAUGAAUUUAGAAAAAUAGCAGUUUUCACUCUCGACUGAUGUUGACAGCAUCUUCACAGGACAGACCACAACAAGACGUGCAGCAUUUAGCUUUGUAGCUCAAAUCGAUGGUGUUCGACUCACAAAGACACACGAGUGAUGUUGUGUAUUUGACCUUUUUUUCAUGAUAUGGCCAUUAACGCAUGCAAAUAUUGACUUCACACACACACCUUGAUUAAAAUUUGUGCGACUAGGCAACUGUGCUUCACUUGCCGAAUGGGUUCAGCUGCAAUAUUUGAACCAGUGAAAUCCUGAAGUAGCUUCAUCAUGAACUGAGCCUCUGUGUUCAGCCGCGGCGAGCACCCAAAUGAAAAGUGUUAUUGGCUGGCGACUGCGGCACCGCCUUGCCUGGCUAAUAAAACUGAACAUGAGGGUCAAGUCAACAGAAUAUAUUUAUGCAACUAGUCUCCUGCCGUGGUCACAGUGUUUGCAGUCGGCUAACAGCCCUGAGCAUGUUACUGUUUCUAUGAUACUGUAUAAAUAUUAUUGGAAACGUGUGCGAAGCACCAGCGGCAGCUCCACGCUGACCAUGCUGGUGUUUGCAUGAAACCCAAAAGCCUUACGACGUGAGAGAGCGCAUGUUUGGAUGCGCAUGUUCAAUGUAUAGUUUGUAAACUGCCUUUUGAUGUUUUGACAAAAUCUAUGUUUGAUGGAUAUAAAACUUUGAGUGUUGUGGGAAAAGAAAUGAUGCACCCGCAGGUUUGAUGUGAGGUUUUUCUCACUCUUCCUCCUGAGAAAUCGAAAGCGAUUGCAGCCUCUGGUGUGCGGCAGCGAUAGAUUUGAAUAAACCAUCAGAGUGUUGCGAAUUACUCCUGCGCCUUUAUCUGGACUGUGGAAGCAUCACCUGCUGUUCGUAGCAUAUUACUAUCUCUACUUGAUAUAAACAGUGACACUGCUGGUGGACGUGGUUCUGGUCAGUGAUCUGUCUUCAGUGCCUGCUCGUUCUUUUAUAUUCUAUUUCUCUGGAGGUUUCUACUCGCAUGUCUCACUUCUCUUGGGCGUGUUUGAUCGUACUGUGUGGUCAGACUCUACACAUGACAGUUAUUGUACGUAAACUUUGUAGCUUGUC